UACCAAACCAUAGAAAAUAACAAACGAUUGCUAAGCAAAGCUUCUUCUUCACUUCCUCCGUCUCUCUCUGGCCCCCUCAUCUUCUCCCUUAUUAAUCCUCCUCAAGUCUCCCCCCUCUCUCUCAUCUUCUCCCUCUCUCUCUCUCUCUCUCUCUCUCUCAGAGAAGCAGAGCCAAUUAUGGAAAAUUCUCCGAGAACCCAAGAUAACAGAAACCCAUCACAGUUACCAUCUCCAAACAGCCAUAGCAGCAACAGUAGCAGCAGCAGUAACAGCCACACCAGCAACGGAGUCCACCACUCGCCGUCGACCCCCAAACCCAUAACCCGAUCCGAAAUUAACCCGUACCCGACGACCUUCGUCCAAGCUGACACCACCUCUUUCAAACAGGUGGUUCAAAUGCUCACCGGUUCCUCCGAAACCGCCAAGCAAGCCGCCUCUAAGCCUCCUUCCUCCGAUCCUCAUCCGCCACCGCCGAAGAACUCGAUUCCCCCCAUCCGGGCCGGACCCAAAAAACCACAGUCUGGGUUCAAGCUCUACGAACGGAGGAACAGCGUCAAGAGUCUUAAGAUCAGUCCUUUGAUCCCUGGCUUCGUUCAGGGAUCUGGGUUUUCUCCCCGGAAGCCAGAGAUUUUAUCCCCGAGCAUGCUCGACUUCCCGUCGCUGGUUCUCAGUCCGGUAACACCGUUGAUACCCGACCCGUUCAACAGGUCGCCGCAGAAAUUGGAUCCUAACUUGGAUUCGGAGGCUGAGGAAAAAGCUAUAGCCGGGAAGGGAUUUUACUUGCACCCGUCGCCGGCGACGACGCCGAGGGAGUCAGAGCCCCGACUCUUGCCGCUUUUCCCCGUGACGUCUCCGAAAGUCUCAGGUUCUUCUUCUUGAGUGAUUUUAAUUUUAUGUAAGAAUAUAUAUAUAUAUAUAUAUAUAUAUAUAUAUAUAUUUUGGCAUUGAUGGGAAAAAGGAUAAUUUGUAAUGGAAUUUGCGGUGAGGAAUGCUUCAUUUGUAAAAUUCGAUAUCGCUCUGUCCUCUUUCUCGCUCCUUUCCUUCUGUUUGGUUGCUGGGAAAAAGAUGGAAAUGAAAAGGUAAUAAAGUUUUGAAUAUCA